GAGAGCAUCAGCCAUCAGACAGAGUUGAGAGGAGAGUGGGAGAAACUGAGAGAGAGUAGGAGGAAUGAAAAUGAGAGUUUAUAUGCCAGUCAGCAUCACAACUGGAUGCACAGCAUUUCAUCAGCACAGACCUUUAUGUUAUGUAAAGCAAGGGGUGUCUGGAGAAAUUCUUAGCACUGGAAACCAACCAACAGUUCCCCAGUCAGUGUGAUGCCACAAGUCUCCUCAUCAUUUUACCCAUUACAGCUACUCAAAGAAGUAUUAUACCCUUGUGCUCUCAGCAGAACUAUAAUCGUCCGGCAAGUGCUGAUGCCCCUCAAAAUACCUUCACAGUGUUUUCUAAAACCAUCUCAAAUGGUCUCAUUCUUCCCCUCAUUCUAAGCAAAUUUUCACCAUAAAUAAUGUAAUUUUAUUGAAAUUUCUACACAAGUACUAAACAGUAGUUUCAAAACAGAGAAAGAGAAGGACAGCACAGCGUUUAUGUCAAACGUGAAACUGCACAAUCUUUGUUGUGCUCAUGGCAAAAAAUAAGAGUUCCUCAAUCUUAGAAAAAUGGGAUUCUGCACCAAUUGAACAGUCAUCUGAACCCAUUUUUAAAACCCCUUCUCCGUUUUGGAAUCAGGAUUUGAUAUUCAGAAGAUCUAGACAAGUACGGGAAUCCACACCUGAUGUUGUCACAGGUGGAUUUAACUUUUAUUCUUACAGCUGUGAUCCAGGUCCUGUCACGACCCCAGACCUCUCUUGUGUUAUAGGAGGAAAUCCAAUCCACCCUUCACAGAGUCUGAACUCUCCUAGUAGGAGAUAUCUACCACCUUCAUCAAAAUUACUUGUCACUGACCCAAACAUGCUGCACAGUCUUGGAAGAAGUACUUCAUACUGGAAUUAUUCAACUCCAGAAGUAGGACAUGGACCUGUCAAAGGUUUCAGAAAGCUGGAAAAUCCACAAAUCGACCCAUUGUCAGCUUCAUAUUUUUAUAGAGGGGUUGUUAGGGAUAUGCUAAGAAGCGAUAUUCCAACUGAGGAAGUCAAAUCAUGCAUGCAGAGAGAGAGACCGAGAUAUUCACACUGGUACCACGAACCGCAAAAUCAGAGAAUCUGCUCCAAAAGAGAUCAUGAGAGACAUUACGUGAAAAACAACCCACUUCUAGGUUCUUUAUUACAUACAGAUUCUAAUAGAGAAUAUUUUAAACACAAUAUGGAGUACAACCAUCACCAGCAGCUAGAUUUGAAUUACUCUACUCAUGCUGUGCCUGAAGAAUCAAAGCAGGAAAGUGAAAAGCUAAAGAGCGAGGAGCUCCCCCUGCUGGUCUGGAGAGAAGAAGCAGAAAAACACAAUCAACAAACGAACACUAGCACACACCCUAAAUCCUCCUCUUCUGCCCUGAGGGUUCUCCGUCGCUUUGCAGAAGGCUCUUUGGUGGAGCUUGAGGGCGGUCGACUGAAGCGGGUGGAGGAUUUAAAGAUGGAUGAUUUGGAGAGGUGUGCUCAAUUACAUCCUGAGCUGACGCUGAGGCGUUUCACUGUGUUGAAGAUGACACCUUCAAACACGCCAACGCUGUCAUGUUUACAUCUGGAGAUUGAGCACGACCAUUCACAGUUGUCUCUGGAGGUGAGUGAAGGGCUGCCUUUCUUCGUUUGUGGGCACGGCUGGUCUUCCUGUAACCCUCGACACACAAGUCAAACCUGCAGACUACAAUGCCGUCAACUAAAGGUGGGUGAUGUGUGCCUGGCACUAACGCAGAUGCCCACCUCUUCAUCUCAGCCUGCCAUCCAGAGCCUAGCUGAAGUGGGUGGAGAUCACACAGUCCCAAAGUUUAAUGCCGAAACCAACCCCACACUGCAGAAAGAAACUAAAUCAAGAAAGAGACACUUCACAGCUCCUGAACUCAGGGAAAUUUCCAAGGUACGCCACACCGAAGACUGAGCAGCUAAAGGAUAAAUCAUUUACUGUGGAAUUAUAACAAAACAAAACAAACAGAAAAAUCUCAGACUUACAUUUAAAACAGUUUUUAAUUGUACAUAAGUCUUUGUACAUUGUAAAUACCAUCUUUUUAAAGCAAAUAUGUGUACAUAGUAACUGCAAUGUUACCAAAUCAAUUACACUACCGUUCAAAGGUUUAGGGUCAGUGAGUUUAUU